AGCGAGAGCCGCUGUGUGUCAAGGUCAGGGGGUGAGGCGGGGGUGGUCCCACAUGCGCCACGACGCCGGGCAGAGCCGGUGCAGUGCCGUCGCGACGCUCAGUCAGUGAUGGUGGCACCGUACCUCGCAGUGGUGGGUCUGGCCAUCGCGUGCUACUCCAACUCCCUGUACGGCGAGUUCGUGCACGACGAUGUUGUGGCAGUCUCUCGUAACCCGGACGUACUCGGUAGCUCCGGCCUGGGACAACUGCUGGCCAACGACUUCUGGGGCACCGCGCUCAGCGACCCUCGUAGUCACAAGUCCUACCGACCCCUCACCACGCUGUCUUUCAGCCACGGAUAG